UCGAGUUGGCUGCAAAUGAGGUACGUACAACAGUCCGCGUUUGCUUAUUCCUUUCUGUCAUGAUGAGAAACCUUGAUUAGCUCUAGAUCAAGAGCUGCUUUAUGCAGCGAUGAGCGACAUUUGCAUGUAUUACCUGAACACUCUUUAUCAAAACCUCUUAGCUGUCGACAGCAGUCGCUCAAUAUCCUCACAUGCUGCCCCUCCGAGCCAAGUUUUGAAACAAUUGCGCGAACCUCUCGAUAUAGAACACCAGAGCGAAGGCCUUCCUGCUGUUCGCAGGGCCAAGCAAAUCAUAGAGGUAUACAGGAGAUCGAAGAUGGACAAGCCUCAAGUCAAUGGUGGGAAAUGCCCGGUCGCACAUGGGGCUGUGGACGCAGAGGACUUUGAACAUGAUUUUACCACGCCGGGUGUCCAAGGCGGCCUUGGCUGUCCUUUCGCUAGGAUGGCGAAUGUUGUUCCAAAUGGACUAGACGGCCAGGCAGAUCCCAUCGCUGCUGAAUUCCACCAGGAUAAGAUCUCGACUAGAUCACCCCCUAGCGAGCAAAAGCCUUCUGGAAAAUGUCCGAUACGCUUUCUUGAUCAACAUUCUCCCGAUGAGGUAGCAAAGUAUUUCGAGAAUCACAAGCACGAAAUUCCGCGCAGCCACGAGAUAUGCGUCAGAAGAUACCAGCAGAAUGAGAGCAGCGCCCGCCAACUUGAUGCGAAAUAUGGAAGCCUGGCGAAUAUGAUCCAGGGCCUGGGUGUCAAGCACAAGGCAUACCUUCCGGAGAGAGAUCGUAUUGAGGACCGUGAUAGAAGGAGCUCGAGCCACGCCGUUGAAAAAUGGGCGGAAAAUCUCAGUGAAACUCCUCCUCCGCCUGCUGUGGACGAGGUUGUGGCCUCAGAAGAGGCACCGAGAGUGCCACAUUUUGAGAGGACGUUACGAGAAGUGCGAGUGGGAGAGUCUCCAAGUCGGCCGUGGGGUAUAUCUGUGCCUGCAGACAAAGAGCCCGCGCCUAGUGCUCUACAAUCGGAAGACGAUGUCGAGCAUCUGAAGAUCCAACCAGAAAGCUCAAGUGCGGAAGCUGACACGAAGCCGGCACCCCAGCCAGCCGUGGAUCAUACGACAGAUCAGAAGAAACCAUCACCACCAGUUGAGUCUGCUUCCACGGCCACCAAAGACCGUCCAACACAGAUCAUAUUCAAUGGACCAGUCUUCUUUGGCUACUCGGCUGAUGAAGUGAUUAACCUGUUUCAGAAGACCAACCUGGGAAGCGCCAUGAUGACCGGAGCGAAUACAGGUUGACACAAGACGUUUUUCUUGUACAGGAUUUUGUUUUUGUCUAUAGCGUUCUGAGCGACCUGAUGAUGAUACCCAUGAUAUAAUGAUUGAAGAACGAGAGUAUGAGCAGACUCAAGGG